CAUCUACUACUACUAUCAGUAAUACCAAGAGUCCCACCAACCGCCGCACCGCGACCGUCACUACCACCACCACCUACUACCACUACGUUUUGGUGUUGUCAUAAUAGUAUUUUUUCCUCUUUUUUUUUAUUAUUUUACUGCCCUUUUUUUUUAAAUCAUUAUUUCAGUGUGUUUAUCCUUUCGGUAGGGGCCACAUGUUGACGGAAUGGAGAGUAGAAAAAAACAACAGCCACGGUCGAACAAGAUCGAAUUCAUCCUCGGAGGUUUAUCCUCGUCGGGUGCAGGGCUUUUCACCAACCCACUGGAGGUGGUCAAAACCCGCAUGCAACUGCAAGGGGAACUGAAAGCGAAGGGCCUCUACACUGUACACUAUCGCCAUGUGUUCCAUGCUUUCUACACCAUUGCUAAAAACGAUGGUUUUCUUGCAUUGCAAAACGGUUUGGUCCCUGCACUCUGGUACCAGUUUUUCAUGAACGGCGUGAGGCUGGGGUCUUUUCAGAUUUUCGACAAUAUGGGUUUUACCAGAGGCAAGGAUGGAAGGGUUAGUUUCCCUCAAAGUGUUCUAGCCGGUGCCCUAGCUGGCUGUAUCGGAGCCGCCGUUGGAAGUCCAUUCUACAUGGUGAAGACCCAACUCCAGGCUCAGGCUACAGAAGCGAUCGCUGUAGGUUACCAACACAAACAUUAUGGCUUGAUUCAGGGAUUAAGUACGACGUACAGAGAUUUUGGAAUAUGCGGUAUGUGGCGAGGUGUCAGUGGAGCCCUUCCCAGGGUCACGAUAGGAUCUGCUAUUCAGUUGUCAACAUUCUCCACAUCGAAAGCAUUCAUUGUCAACACAAAGAUCUUCCCCUCAAACAGUUGGCUCAAUGCUUUACUAGCGAGUAUGAUCAGCGGAGUGUUAGUAACACUGUUCAUGACUCCAUUUGAUGUCGUUUCCACUCGUCUGUACAACCAAGGUAUCGAUGCCAAUGGUCGUGGCUUGUAUUACUCAGGACCUUUAAACUGCUUUAGCAAGAUCUUCAAGUCGGAGGGAAUAUGGGGUUUCUAUAAAGGAUGGGGGCCAUCUUUUACCAGACUUGUUCCACACACAAUAUUGAGUUUAGUCUUAUGGACUGAAUUUCGGAAAUAUUAUUUUUAUUAUCAGGAAAUAGCAAACUGAAUGAUUAUUCCUCAGGGUAUUGUGAUUCAAAGAUCAUGGGAUGGAAUAUACUCAGAUAUCUGUACAUACACACACAGGUGCAUACAUACAUGGAUAUACAAUUAUAUAUAUACACAUAUCUAACCAGCCAAAACUGCAAAGAUAAUCUGGAACUCGACUGAGGAAAGAAAACUCUGAAUGA